CCCAUCCUCGAUCCACACAUCACCUCCGCUGCCCUCCAUCCCUCUCGAAAAGUAAAGAGCACGACGGGCCAAUGUAUCGCGCUGCCACAUUCUGCAGGCCGUCAAUGCGCCUGAACUCGGCUCCUGCGUUUGCAUGUCGCCAGGUUCUAUUCCCGACGUCUUUUACCCCCACAACUGCAGCAUCGGCAACAACCGUGCGCACUCUCAGGAGCGUACCUACAGCACCAGCAGUCCGUCAUUUCACACCAACUAUCUCUGUUCAACCAGCCCCUUAUCUUCGCACUAAAGCCGUCAAUGGUACAAAGACUGCAGCACGCAAGUACACAACCGAAUCGUCUGUUGUCGUAGAAGAAGAGCUUCCUUUGCAAUACGGGAUGCUGUACUUUGACAAUGCAUACCCGCUGAAGAUGGGAUGGUGGGACAUUCGAUAUUCGCUUCUACGACCUGGAUGGAAAUCCCUCGAGCGCAAAGCUAAGAUGGAACUGGUCCCACCCGAGAAUGCCAUGCCCUUCCACUUCAAGAUCGGUGGUAUUGAGCCGCGGCUGAAGGACGGAGGAAUGUUUGUGCAUUUUUCAUAUGUCCGUCCGAGCUCAUACACCACACGGGAGGCACUUAAAGAGAUCGAAAGCCGUUGUGAACAGCACCUUAUCAGCCACGAUCACUACAUGUGGUUCAACUUUCAAAAGGUGCGAGCCUUUCUUGUCAAGGGAGCCCCCUUCCUGGAGGACAUGGCCAGUCGAUAUCCAACUAGCAGAAUCCGGAUCGAGUAUACCGGCGAUCUCAACGUCGAAGGUCUCUACGCACUCUUCCGAAAGUACGGCAAAAUCAUGGACAUUGUGAUGCUUCCGCCAGUCAAAGACAUGCCCAAACAGGCUAUCGUCCAGUACUCAUUCAUGCGCGCUUCCACCAGUGCUAAGAGCUGUUUACAUGGUUCGGAGAUCAAUGGCGUACGACUGAAUGUGACAUACGAGAGAACGCUGCAAGGAAAUGCAAUUUGGACAUGGCUGACAAAUCAUCCUAGGAUCACCGUGCCUCUCGGCGGUAUGGCGCUUGCUGGAGUUUCGUUUGUCAUCUUUGAUCCUAUGCGAGUAUUCAGCAUGCAUGCCAAGAUCACACAGUUGUUCAAUAUGAACGAGUAUCUGAUCCUGAAAUGGCUGCGCAAGGAGACUAUCGGGCGCCUCACCCGUGCGCCAAUCGAUCCAUCGCAGGCGACAGGAUGGCGCGAGCGAGAACAGGAGGAAGAACGACUCCGCAACUGGCUACUUAUUCCACCAGAGUCGUUCGCAAUUAUCCAUGGCCCUCGAGGCGCAGGAAAGACCGAGAUGGUUGAUUAUGUGAUCAAGGACAAGAAGCACAAAGUAGUUAUCAGCUGUGAAGAGUUGGCCAACGCCAGAAGCGAAAGCGAGGUCUUGACGAACCUGGCUAAACAAGUCGGUUACGUCCCCUUGUUCCAGUUCAUGUCCACCAUCAACAACAUGAUGGACAUGGCUAUUACUGCUACAACUGGACAAAAAGCAGGUCUGUCCGCAACGUUCGAGGGGCAGAUGAAAAAGAUUCUGGAUACCUUGACCAUUGCCAUCCAACAGGCAUCACCGACAAAGAACAUGUCCAGCUACUCGCCCGAGGCUAUCAUGAAGAAGAUCGAGGCCACCAUUGAAGAAAAGGCCCGACAUGAGGAGAUGAUCAAGGCUGGCGAAUGCGGCACAUCGACCCAUACUCUAGAAUCGAGGCGAGCUGCCAGGGCCAGGGCCAAGAAGAGACGGCAGGAAGGAGAAGAUACCAAGUGGGUCGACCCUGAUGAAAUCCCUAUCAUCGUGAUCGAUGGAUACAUGUCCAGGGAGAAGGGGCCCCAUACUAAGGAACUGUGGACUUACUUGGCCGACUGGGCUGCAGUCUUGGUCGAGAAUCAUGUUGCACAUGUCGUGUUCUUGACCAACAAUGUCGCGGCUGCCAAGCCCUUGGCUAAGGCUUUGCCAAACAUGACAUUCGAAACAAUCGUGUUGGCAGAUGCGAGUCUGGAGUCUGCCCUCGAGUAUGUGUACAAACAUUUAGACAGAGAUGAAUUUCCCGACUUGAUCAAAUCCGUCCAGACGAUCGGAGGACGUUUGACAGACCUGGAGCUCUUUGUCCAAAAGAUCAAGAGCGGCUUGAGUCCUGAAGAUGCGGUGAAUGAUAUCCGGGGGCGAGCGGUCGUUGAGGUCAGGAAAAGUGCCUUUGACUUCGAUAGCACUGAUGGCAGGACAUUGAGCUGGACGCCGAUUCAAUUCUGGGCUGUCAUGAAGCAGCUUGCAGCAGGCGAGGCGGCCAACUUUGACGAGCUUAAGAUUCAUUCGCUGUUCAAGAACGACGAGUCGCCUUUCGCAGCCAUGGAGCAAGCUGAACUCAUCACUAUCGUGCACAGAAAUGGGCGACCAUAUGCUCUUCGUCCUGGUAAACCAAUCUACCGCGCAGCAUUCCAGGAGAUCCUCUCCGACAUUGGUUUCAACGCUGUGAUGGAGCUCGAGUCCGCGACAUUCCUCGAGAAGGAAGAGAUGGUUAAGGUCGCAAAAUGGGAGGCGGAGCUGAAGGAGCUCUCAAAUCUGUUGCACAAGGACGGAUCCUGGUUGUUCGGAGGCAGAAGCGUCCCCAAGGAGGUUGAUACCCGCGUCAAAUGGCUGAUGAAAAAGCUGGCCGAGUCGCAUGCCAGGGUCGAGGCAUAUGAGCAGAAGGCGUCUGAGGCCAAGAAGAUUGUCGCGAAUCUCGGUGUGUCGAUGUAAAGACGAGUGAGAUAGAGCACAGCCAUACAGGCAUCAUUAUAGAAAGUAGAACAGUGGUCCUUUGAAAGGCCAUGUAUGCCAAGAAAAAAAAUAUAUCACAGAGCAUUAAAAUGAAAUGAUAAAUUCGAG